UCCACCAACGUUCCAUCGCGUUGCAUUUAUCGUCGAUUUGUUUCAAUAUACUGUGAAAUGAAGCUGUACGCAGUGUCUGAUGGACCACCAUCAUUGGCUGUCCGGAUGGCCCUCGAAGCACUCAACAUCCCUCACGAGCACAUAAGCGUGGACUAUGGCAAAGCGGAACAUCUUACGGAGGAAUAUAAAAAAAUGAAUCCGCAAAUGGAGAUUCCGGUCUUGGAUGAUGAUGGAUUCUUCUUAAGUGAAAGCAUUGCAAUCUUGCAGUACCUGUGCGAAAAGUACGCCCCGGCAAGCGAGCUGUACCCAAAAGACCCUAAGGAUCGGGCGCUUGUUAAUCAUCGACUUUGUUUCAAUUUGGCCUAUCUGUAUCCAGAAAUAUCGGCCUAUGUCAUGGCACCGAUUUUCUUUGAUUAUCAACGAACGGAAAUGGGCUUAAAGAAACUAAACAGAGCGUUGACUGCAUUCGAGACGUAUCUGAACACCACUGGAACAAAGUACGUGGCUGGCAAUGGGUUGACUAUCGCGGAUUUCCCAUUGGUAACUUCUAUAAUGUGUCUAGAGGCGAUCUCAUUCGACAUUGGCACCAAUUUUCCAACCGUUCAGCAGUGGUACUCUAAUUUCAAACAGGCUCACCCUCAGCUGUGGACAAUCGCAGCGAAGGGUAUGGAGGAGAUAGCAGAUUUCGAGAAAAACCCACCAGAUCUUUCCGGAAUGGUGCAUCCAAUCCAUCCAAUUCGUAAGGCUGGAGCUAAGUAA